AGGUUUUUGAAGCCUACAAUAUAAUAUCGCAAGCUUCUCACCAUCUCUACACUGCUCUCGCAUCGUCUCUUCGCUCUCUCUGUUUAAUUUGUAUCUGCUAAUUACAUUCAAGAAGAGAAAAUGUCUGGUGAAGAGCCUGUUGCUGCUGAGACUCCAGCUCCCGCUCCUGCUCUUGGGGAGCCCAUGGAUAUCAUGACAGCAUUGCAACUUGUCCUCAGGAAAUCACGGGCUCAUGGUGGUUUAGCUAAAGGUCUUCAUGAGGCUGCUAAGGUUAUUGAGAAGCAUGCUGCCCAACUUUGCGUAUUGGCAGAGGACUGUGACCAACCAGACUAUGUGAAAUUGGUCAAAGGUCUAUGUGGUGAUCACAAUGUUAGCCUGAUCACUGUUCCUAAUGCCAAGACACUCGGUGAAUGGGCUGGAUUGUGCAAGAUUGAUUCUGAAGGCAAAGCAAGGAAAGUUGUCGGAUGCGGUUGUGUUGUAGUAAAGGAUUUUGGAGAGGAAACCGAAGGGCUCCACAUUGUUCAGGAAUAUGUGAAGUCUCACUGAGUGACACUCGUUGAAUUAGAGAGGUUUAGCUUGUUUUUGGUUGUGAUAUGAACAUUUUUGAUGGUUAAAAACCAGUUUUUUUUAACUUCCAGUUUGUAGUCAUUUAUGAUUCUGGUUAUGCAUGCCUUCUUAAACUUUAUAGGUCUUUUGACCCCUAUGAAUGAACCAAUGAGAUUAUAAUCUGUUCUCCUGACGUUGUAUCAAGAUACAUGGAAACUGAGUUGAAAUUGGAUUUGAUCAUGUUGUUGAUUA